AUGCUUAGGAUCAUCGAAUCUAGAAUCGGAACCGACUCGGUCAGGGGUCUCUCUUUUGAUAAUAAGUUGAAAUCUGAAUAUAAGUACCAGCGGCACUAUCUGGAACACACCGACGACAUCAAAUGCCUUGCCUUGCAUCCAGACCCUUCGCGAUGCCUUGUCGCCACUGGUCAAUGUGCGGGCAACGGCAACGGUGUCACGCGACCGCCACACAUUCGCCUCUGGAACUACAACACUCUCGAGACCUUUCACGUUAUAAACGAUGCUUUCGCCAGGGAUAGACAACCUUACAAAAUUUGUUUUUUCUUUGAUAAACAAGUGGUUUCUUUGGCGUUUUCACGAGCCGAUCUGGGCGCACACUUGUUUGCGACUGACGACAGCAGUGAUCAUGUUCUCCGAAUUUGGGCGAUUUCCGAAGACGAAGCGUCGCCGCCCGAGAAGCUCCAAGAAGGAAAAAUCACCAAGGACCAAAUCUUGGGAGUGACGCCACAUCCGGGCAAAGCGAAGCGUCUGGUCGUUUAUGGCCGCAACCACGUGAUUUUCGUCUCCUUCGAAAAAGAAAAAAUCGCCAAAAAAUCUGGCGUCUUUGGCAACGUCGAGAAGCCGAAGUUUGUCACUUCCGCAGUUUAUACUCCCUCUGGAGAUUUACUAACUGGCGACUCGAACGGAGCUGUCGUCGGAUGGAGUGGAAACCAGACGAAUUUCUGCAUUUCAAAUGUUCACCAAGGCGGAAUCUUUUCGAUUGAAAUCGACCCUGAAGGCGACAUCAUAACCGGCGGGGGCAAAGACGGAAGAAUCGUGGCCACGAGUCCGGAAGGCGAAGUUCUUGACGAAACAUCACUUCCAGACUACGUCGGUGGCUGCCGCUGUGUUGUCCUUGGCCGCAAUGGGACUAUCUACGUGGGAACUACCAAGAACUCGAUCAUGAAGAUGAAUUUCGAAGAAGAAUAUUCGACAAUUAUGCAGGGACAUUUUGACUCGCUUUGGGGACUUGCCACUUCCAAAACCAAGAACAGUCAGUUUCUUACAGCGUGUUUUGACGGGCGAGUAGUGCUGUGGGACUUGGACUACCACAAGCCCGUGUGGACGAAAGUAUACAACUUGGCCUUCCGCUGCGCUGGAGUGCACCCGACGGAGAACAUAGCCGCAGUGGGAACGACGAAGGGCGAAUGGCUAAUCAUAGAACUCGAAAACGGGGAAAUCCUCCAACGCGGCGCCGACGGAAAGAAAGAGCCGAUUUCUGUAGCUUCAUUUUCUCCAGAUGGCAACUACUUGGCUCUGGGCUCACACGACAACAACGUCUACCUUUACCAUGUGCCUGGCUUCCGUCGCGCUGGCCGUCUCCAUGGCCAUUCAAGCUUUAUCAGCCAUCUCGACUGGUCGGACGACUCGAAGCAUAUCUGCUCCAACUCGGGCGAUUAUGAGCAAUUGAUGUGGACAGUGGAAACGUGCAAACAGAUCACGCAGCCGUCGACGAUGAAACACACGCCUUGGUCGACUUCGAACUGCACCAUCGGAAUCAACAAUAUCGGAAUCUGGCCAGAAGGAGCCGACGGCACUGAUAUCAAUUCCACCUCCAGGGGUGCGGAAACCGCUCAUACGGUCGAACGGGGAAACGUUCUCGCCGCUGCUGAUGACUUUGGCCAUGUGAGACUUUUCGAGUACCCGGCGAGACAAGCUCAGGCUCCUUCCAGGGAGUACAGCGGUCAUUCAAGCCACGUGACGGCCGUCGAGUUCACCCAAGACGACAAGCAUCUUCUUUCGACUGGUGGCAUGGACGCCUCGAUUCUCCAGUGGACCGUCCUGCCAAAAUCUUCAUAG